CCCGCCCGCCGCCCUCCCGCCGCGCAGAGCCGGGGCAUGGCGAGCCAGCGCUGCUUCGCCAACCGCUUCGAUGACUACCAGGGGGCGGCGGCGGCGGCGGGGCCGGACGCGGAGGCGGCCGUGCCUCUGGUGACGGCCACCAUCGAGCGGAUCCUGCGGGAGCUGCCGCCCCUCGGGAGCUGCCAGGGCGGGCUGUACGGCGGGGUGGCCGGCGUGGCCUACAUGCUGUACCACGUCGCGCAGUGCCCGCUCUUCGCCCCGUCGCGGGACGCCUACCUGCGGGCGGCCCGGCGCGUCGUGGACGCCUGCCUGCGCUGCCAGGAGCGGGGCGGCGGCGAGGCCGACACCCGGGCCGCCUUCCUGCUGGGCGGUGCCGGCGUGUAUGCGGUGGCCGCGCUGGUUUACCGAGCCCUGGGGCUGCCCGACUUCGCCCGGCCGCUGGGCAAGUUCCGGGAGCUGAGCGAGGUGUGCGCCCCGCUCUCCUUCCUCGAGUGCGGCUCCGACGAGCUCUUCGUCGGCCGCGCCGGGUACCUGUGCGCCGCCCUGGUGCUGAAGCAGCGGCUGGGCAUGGAGGUGCUGACCCCAGCGCAAAUAAAAUCGAUUUGCCUGGCCAUAUUGGAAUCAGGAAAGCAGUAUGCAGUGAAGAAGAGGAAACCAUUCCCACUCAUGUAUUCCUACUAUGGAACAGAGUAUCUUGGUGCAGCACAUGGGCUUUCAUCAAUCCUUCAGAUGUUACUCUCCUACUACGAGUACUUGCAGCCAGCAGAUCAGGAGCUUGUGUGGCAGAGUGUCGAUUUCCUCAUGGACCAAGAGCAGAACAGCAACUGGCCUCCUGAGCUGGGGGAGACGAUCGAAAGGGAGAAUGAGCUUGUCCACUGGUGUCAUGGAGCUCCAGGCAUUGCGUAUCUGUUUGCCAAAGCUUAUCUGGUUUCCAAGAAGCCUCAGUAUCUGGACACUUGUAUCCGCUGCGGAGAGCUAACCUGGCAGAAAGGCCUGCUGAAGAAGGGACCUGGCAUAUGCCACGGAGUGGCUGGUAGUGCUUACGUGUUCCUGCUGCUCUAUAGGCUCACUGGAAACUCAAAAUACAUCUACAGGGCACAAAGGUUUGCAGAGUUCUUAUUUACAGAAGAAUUUAAGGCUGGUUCCCGGGCAUUAGAAAGUGUAUACAGUCUGUAUGAAGGCUUCUCGGGAACCGUGUGUUUCCUGACUGACUUGCUGCAACCCAACCAAGCUGAGUUUCCCCUCUUCAGUGUCUUUGUCUAGAGAAUAACAUUCUCCUGGGCCGCAUCCCAGUGGCAACGGGAGAGGGCACCUGCAGUUUCACUUACGUGUCGGGAGAGGCUAUUUACAAAAAACAAGCCAGUGGUACCACUAAUGCUAGCCUUAACGUAGCUGGGAGUCAGGUGAAGGAGUAAAUACUCUGGGGCUUUGGGAGGGAAGCAUGUGACCAAAAAAAUGGGUCAGUAAAAAAGGGGGGAAGUGAUUAAAUCUGACGGGGGUAGAUAUUUAUCUGUAAUAAGAAGUAAAAUCUAAUUAUUCAAGUGAGAGAGAAAGGGGCAUUAUCAAACUUUUAAUUUGGUGGUUACACAGGAGAACAGAAAAGGCAAGGUAGAAUUACAGAGACGUGCAAAGAAGGAAGAAAGUGAUACAUCCAGUAUGUUUUAAAAAGAGACCUGUAAAAGCAAGUCUUCUGCAGCAAUGCACUUAACGGGGAGGGCGUUGUAGAUAUGUCACUGCACUGCACAAAGGCAAAAUCUGGGAUUUUCUACCUAAACCACGUUUACUAGUACUAGUACCAUGUAUUAGAAAUACUUGUAUCUUGGAGCUCUUUCAUCAUCAUAUGCAUAUAAUGAUAGUUAUGUAGAUAGCUACAUAUUCAGCCGGCAGUUUCACAGGUUCAUUUCAGUGAGUGGGGUCUCACGUAUGUAAAUCAGGACUGAAUUUGACCAUUCUUUUCAGAGCACAGUCUGUAGUAAGGAGCUGGUUUCCUUUACUGAUUUACCGUAACAGUGUCACUCAUUAAUACCUUCCCUUUCACAGGGAAGAUGAACGGAGCCUUGGAGGAGACUUGGAUGAAAAAGGUAAAUAGCAAAGACACAGCAGACAGGUGCUUUCUUCACAGUACAGCGUUGCAAGAUAGGUAUUGUUCAGUGAUACAAAAGCUUCCUUUAAGAAUUAAUUACCUAUAGCAGCAUUUCUGAACAAAGACAUACAUAGUUCAGAGAAUGGAAGAACUAUUUUCCUGAUGAAUUGUUCAUUAAAGACCCUGCAAACUGAAUGCAAACCCUUGAUGGCAUACUCAGCUUAAGAAAAAAAUGAUAACAAAACUGCUUCUUCUCCUGGUUAACAAAAUAAUGUAUAUGCCCCAAUUAUUUCUAUCUAUAGAAAUAAAUGAUUUCCUCAACACUAGUUGCACUAGCACUUAAGGUUGCAAUUAUAUCCAGUUUUAUAUGUAUUAUAUAUAUAUAUUAUGAUAAUUAAAAACUAAAGAAAAUACGUAAUUUGUACUAAAAAAUAUAAAACCAAUACCUAUAUUUAAAUAUUUUUAUUUAUAUGGGAAUAAUGUAAUGCAAUUACCUUUACAGACAGAUCGGGAAGGCCAGUACGUCAAAAAUUGCAGUUAGAAUGAAAAAAAAUGACCUCAGUGCACUGCCAAGCAUUGCAGUCUCUCUUCCUGCAUUCUCAGCUGAAGGAGAUUACAAUUUCUUUAUUUUUUAUGCCUAAUGGAUUAAAGUUCCCAUUUGAUUUCAGUGGGCCUUGGUCAGGCUAUAACAUGGAGCCAAGUCUUGCAAUCCUUCCAUGUUUUAAUAUUGUAAUCCUAUUUCUCCUCAUGCCACUCUUAUUUUAACUUGAUGACUUGCAUUAUUAUGAGCUGCAGAUUAGGAUUUCUGCUAUUUGUCGUGCACUGUGCAGCUCUAAUUAAUUAUUUAAACAUAGGAGUAACCAUAUUUCACUGGUGACUAAAGCAAUGUAGUUCUGUAUUUGCUUAGCAAGUAUUUGGGAAUCUUUCGAUGAAUGUUAAAAUUCAAUAUACAUUUGUUACAGGUUUAUUUGUGGGAUAAAAGGUCUUUUAAGGAUGCCAUUACUGUCACUUCAUCACUGUGAGCAGUGAGAUGUGUACAUUUUUGUGUACGGGUAUUUCAUAGGGAGGUAUACAUGUGAGGCUAAAUCCAGAAGUGAAUGGAAAGUCCAUGUGCUCUGCCCAGCCAUGUUUAAAAGCACGGGUUAAAUCAGAGGAAAGUCCAUUUUCAGCAGUGCAGAUCCUGAGCCCAUUGGGAUUCUCCUUGCUUAUAGUUGCUUACUAUAAUGCAUAGGGCUAAUCUAUUUCAUAACUGGAACCUUUUUGCACAAAAGAUUAAGGAAGGUAACACUUGGCCUAUCCACUUUUUCCCCAUGAUCAACAACUUGUUAGUCUCAAUUUGUAUUGCAGCACUCAGCUAAAAUAUGUAAGUAACAUUUGUGUCAGAGCGUUUAGACAGCUAUUGCAAUUGUAUUCUAUCUUAUCCUAAGACAGAGAAAUGGGUUCUGCCACAAUCUGGCACAGCCUGUUGCAAUCCUACAUUUAUUGCCAAUUAUUUUAUUUACAGAUGCAAACGUAAAAAAAUAAAUAAAGUAAAAUAAAAAGCCUAGUGUUCGGAUAACUACACAGUCAAAAAACAAACAAACAAACAAAAAUUAAGCCUUAACAGAAUCUACGCCUAUCAGCAGAGUAAUCAUGACCUUUUGAUUUUGUCCCCAGCACUUACUUCUUAAUUUUCAUUAUGCCAAAGCAUUUAAUUGCAUCCAUUUAUUUAUUUAUUUGUCAGGAGAUGCUUGAAGGAGAAAACCUUUGCCAAAACCUCAGUAAGUCUAGAGCACAAUAAAUAAAUACAGUAAUUUAGACCCUGACCAGGUCAUGAAUGCUGAUAUUGUAACAUACACCACAUAUAUGUUAAAAUUUACCAUAACAGUAGUAGAUAAAAUCACUCCAUUUUAUUAUGCUUAACUUCCAACCGUCAUUUAUCUUUUAAUGUAAUUCUUCUAAAUGGCAGAAAAUCUGUCUGAAGAUUCAGUGCCAGUUUUCUGGUGCUCCCCCACCCCCCCACCCCAUGUCUCUUUGUAGAUUUAAUUUCUUCUGAUUUAGGUUCAGAGAAGGUUCAGAUCUGCUCUGUGUUGUUUUCUGCAGCACCAGAAAAACAAUCUUCUGUGUCUGCAACCCUUCUCCACAUAUGAAGCCAUGUGUUUGGCUUCAUUUGAUACUAAUCCUAUGAGAAAGAAAAUACUCACUUGAUAAGGUCAGCAAUGAGAAAACCCAUGCAACCACCCAGUUUUCAAAAUCUAGGUCCCACAUAUCUCUCUGCAAAUUACACAAGUUCAGCACUGAGGUCACCAAGAGCAACACACAAAGUGUGUUUACUGAAACUUAAGAUAUAAAUAAUAGUAACAUAAACAUCCAGUCUCAUAGGAUACAUCGUGUAAAAUCUUGGAAUAUAGUGACUCAUCUGUCACAUUGGAUGUGUCAGUUUGAGCUCAUUCUUACAGCUUUGUUGCUUUCCUUAUCCGAUCCAAUUGGACUAAGGUUUGUGCUGUAGUCACAGCUCCUGAACAGUGUCAGUAUACCCUACGGCUCGUCUGAAAAUACCACUCAUUAAAUGGGCACGGUUUUCCAUUUUUUUCCUACUUUUAAUCUUCUAAUUGCUAUUUUUCCCUUUUACUAUUUUACAUAUAUGCUGUUGCAACCUUUAUUUGUUGCAUUAAAUGCAUGGAUAGGACAGCAACCUGAGUAGAGCCAUCAGCACUUUUUAGUGUGAUAAAAAAUAAGGUCCUUUGUGUUCCUUUCGUACUGCUCGGGGAAAUCAAUUACGUGUCCUUCGCUAGAUAUUCUCAGCUGGAUGCUGCUUCCUCCUGCUCCAAAACCAAGCCUAAUAGACUGAAAAAUUGUAUUUCUGAACAGAUUGUGCCAUGGUGCUGUGACAAAAGACUGUGAUACCAGAAACUUGAGAAGCCUCUUUUAAAAGUGUAAAACACAAGUUACCGAGUCACAUUUGCACAUUAGUCUCUCUACUGUGUUAAGUUUCUAAAGUGUAGGCAAUAGGAAUUUAAGUGAUAUAAUAGCAUUUCUGAUUAUGCAGUUAAAGCAAAAGGGAUGCAUUGUGCUGGUAUUGGUGCUUAUUUGUGAUGUACCUGUGUUUGUGUGGUGCUGUCUGUGAGUAAAGCUGUAGAUUACAGAGCAGUUUAAAGAGCUAUAUGCUAUUCAUGACUUUUGGUAGGUCAUCCAUAAAUUACUGUCAUAGAAUAAUUUUGAGGGAAACUAGAUCUGUGAUGUCAAGAUUUAGUGAUUUUAGGAUUCGUAGAGCCACAUGCAAUCCGUUUCAGCAACAGUACAGUUCUAAUAUGAAUAUAUCUUAUUUUUUCCCUGCCAUUUACAACUUCCCAGCAUGAUAAUGUUUUUGUUUUGUGCCACUGCUUUCAAUAUCUGCUAUGUUUGCACUGUUGUUUCCUUCGGUUUCCCUGCCUUUCUUUCCCAGUCUAUGGAAAGACUUUUAACUUUGGAAGGCUAAACAAGCAGCCUGGGUCUUUUAUUCUUGAAAAUAAGAUCGAUUGAUUUUUCCGAAGAGGAGUGUUCCACUUAUUUGCAUUACAUUAUUUUUACACUCCCAGGUGGUCUCUUCUCACUGGCUUGGCCGUUUCCCAACUGCUAAGGAAAAAUCGUUAUAUUGUAAAAUAACUGUAACGGAUGACAUGCAUCAUUAAAUAAAACAAAAGGGGGAGACUUUCUAGGGAACACGUUCACUUCUCUAAGUAUCUCAGUCAGAAAUAAGUGAAAUAACCAAACCUCCCCAAAUACACAUUCAAAUAGUUCUAGGAAAUAUGCACAAAUGAAUGCAAGUGAAGUGGUCACCCUCAUCGCCACUCGGUGAAAUUAAGUAAUGCCACUUUGGGGUUCUAAUAAUAAUUACAUGGACAUACAGUGAAUAUGAUAAUAUUGACUUAAAAAAAAAUCCCAUGGAAAAAAAUAAAUGUAGGUAUCUGUUAUAUUCAGAAUCAUACAGGUGCAAUGUGUGAAAAUGGAAACUUUCAUGAGCAAUCAGUUUUUUGUAUGUCAAGCAUUACCUGCAUAUACAGUUAUAGCAUCUGCCAAGAUAUUGCAUGUUUUAUGCAAACAGCAAACUAUAUUAGCAUAUGCAUGCAUUUUGAGAAUAUAACCUUGUUAUUUGUCUUGAAAUUUUGUCCUAUAAGAUCCAUGGACAGAGCGUAUCUCAAAGGUCUGCCAAAUAAAUCUCAGGUGCAGUAAUUUCCUACAUACAUUGAAUAUUCACUGACAUGAGUGCAUAUUCUAAUCUGUAGGAAAACUGGUAUAUCAGGAGUAAGAAUUGCUCUGUGGAUUUUAAAGAGUAAUCUUCCUGUGAAAAAUUACACAGAUGAGCAGUUGUUGUCUAACAGCACACUUCAGAUUGCUCUGAGUUUAUAUAGAGAUGUCCUGGAUUAAGUAGGAAGCGGCAUAAAGCUAAAUUAAAAAUAAAUAAGAAAAUGACCAAAAAUCACAUUACUGACGGAACAACAUACUUCAAAGCCAUAACCCAAAAAUGCUCAGGGUCCACAAAACAAUACAGCAGUUUAGGGAUGUGAAUAGGCAUUUUCCAAGAGAAUAGCACAGUUUGCUGUGGUACAGUGUGCACUGUACUUAACAGGUUAUAGCUGCCUUGAACUCUUCAUUGUCAUUACAGCAAAGUCAUCAUAUGCUGAAAAAAAAAUCUGCCUAAGAAGGAAUUGCCUGUAGCUGAACCUACUGCCUACUCCUAUCAUUUAAUGGAAUAAAAGUGAUGUACAUUAUCAAUACUUACAUGGU